AUGGAGACAACCCGUCGCCCGUCGCCUGCCAUCGCCCGCUGCGAUCGGCAGGAGCAGUGGCUUGCUACACCCGAUCGCCUUGCAGCCCACAUAAUGGCCGGUAACGGCCCCCGGCCUGCCUGCGUCGAAGAUUACGACGAAGAACAACAACACACCCUACCCGACACCAGACUUUCGGCCAUUAUUGCUGCCAAUACAGCUGCCAAAUUAUCCUCCAGGUUGGAAAGAUUCCAGGAGCCGCUGAUCGACGGUGCCAGUGACUCAGGUUAUUCUAGUCGCACCGCCGCUACGGUUAAUAGCACCCAAUCUGCGCCGUCGGGCGGAAAAAGCCCCCCGAUCCCUCUUAAGCUGGACACUUCCAAGCGUAACGACCUCGCCAGGAAAAGUUCAACCAGAGAACGCAAGGACAAAGAACGAUCUCGACCCCCGCGCGAAGAGAUGAUGGUUGGUGCCUAUCCGGGCGCUGCCCAUCACGCUCACGUGCCCCGGUCGUCGUCCAAGUCUCGUCGACGAGAAUCUGCCCAUAUCCAAUAUCACGACAACUAUUACGACUACGGUACUCAGUACCAUCAAUCAACCCCGAUUGACCACCGACAGAACGACUACUCCUACUACGCCCAGCCACGCCCACCCAUCCCAGAAUACUCAUCGUCCCCGCACAAUCCUCGUUAUGCCCCCGGCGCCAUAGAGAACAUUCAUGUCAGUCACCCUGGUCGACCCAGCCGCUCCAAUUCGUAUCACACCUAUAAUUCCAACGGACGACCCAUGAGUUUCCACGGUAUGCCACAUGGAAUGGGUUCUGGAAUGGCAUCUCCGAUGUACUCUCAGCACGGAUACGAUCAUGGCCCUCCACCAGCCAGCUCGGCAUACAUGCAACCAUACUCGUCAUCUCCAUACACGCAAUCUUCUUACUAUGCCCCAUCGGCCUCGGACUACCUCCCAUCGGAGUAUCCACGAGAGCGGUCCCUGUCCCGGGAACCAUCACGCCGUCGGUCCUCAUCGAUCUAUACUGCCCCCAACCCACCCAUGGACUCUGGGGCGUAUUCGCCAUGGUUUGAUGAAGAUCCACCCACGGACCACUAUUCCUCGCGAGAUGUUGUCCGUGACCGUCCUCCCCCAAGACAACAGGAACAGGAUGAAGACUACUAUCGGAUGCCACCGCCAGGAGCUAAGCCCAAGCCCAGGCCACAGAUCCACCAGGCGAAGCGACCAGAGCGGCCAGACCUACCGCGGAAGAUGCAUACCUCUUCGGGUAUUGGACAGAGGCAUCGACAGGGACAGAGGCAUUGA